UUGCUAGCCAGUGGCAGCUUGAAGCAAAAAGAGAACCUUUUCCACUAAAGUUUAAAAAAAGAGAAUUAAACGGAUAAAAUAAUAAAAAAACAGGUGAUUCCUUCGUUCUUUUAUCCUCUUCAUCUUCUUCCUCUUCUCUGUCUGGAGUGCCACAUCUUCUAUAAGCCGCCAGCUUUCCCAACGGCCACUGAAGGGCAUUAUUGUCAUUAUGAACCCACUGAAAACAACUGAGAGCAACCGCCAGCCGUAUUUUGAGAGAGAACAAAAGAUGCCAUGUGAUGUCUCCCGUAGUUUUCACACUAAAAACUCGUUCUACUCAGUACUCAACCCCGAUCCAUACAGCUUAUGAUUAGCAAAAUAAGCAUUACAAUGAAGACUUAAUUAUUUCUUUUUGCUUGUUUAUCUCCUCACCAAUGCUUCUCUCUCAACAAUUCUUGCUUUUCUUUCAUUAUGCUCUAGUUCUUUUUCUAUAAUUUUGAGUUUUUACUCUAUUUUUUUUUUUUUUUUGCUAUCUUCUUGACGAUUCAUUACCCAUUUGAGAAAAAGCUGCAAUGGAAACUGGGUCGAGCUCAGCUUCUGUAGGCAAGACGGAGCCACAGAGAGAAAGAGCUAGGUCUAUCAAGAAACUAGGCUCUAUGCUGCCAAAGAUCGAUCCAUUUGUGCCGAGAACUGAUCAUAAUCCAAGAGAGCUGAGAUCUUGGGCCAAGAGAACCGGUUUUGUUUCUACUUUCUCUAGUGAGACCUCUACAAGCAACAGUGAGAAGUUUGAUAGCAGGACUGGUUUUGACUUGGAGAGGGGUCAUAACCAUCAAAAGAACGGUGGGUCGUCCCCAAAAAUGGAGAUCGACCCGGUUCUUGGUCAGACCAGGCCUGCCAGAGGUUCAGAAAUUGAACCAGCUUCGGGUACAGCGUCUAGGUCAGGUAAUGAGUUCAGGAAUGGAAAUGAUAGGAACUUGGGAUUGAGAGAUGAGAACAAAAGGCGGAGAAUAGGAGACGAAUCUGUUCUGGGAGUUAGGGAUGAGGAAAGGGAAGUUGGGUUUAAUGGAAAUGCAAUUGGAGAUGGCAAUGUGAAUGUGAAUGGGAGUAGCACCAGGAAUGGGAGUGCAUAUGGUAUCGGAAACGAAGUCCCGGCACCUACUCCGGCUCUGGAGCCAACGAAAGAAGAAGAAAAUGCUGGAACUGAUAUUGGAAUUGAGAUUUAUCCGGGUGGGGAUGAUCCUGACAGUGGAGGGUGGCUCAGACAGAGUGGAAUGAGAUUGGGUUUAAGAGAUAAUCCUGGUUUCGUGCCACUUAUGUAUUAUGGCCUGCAACACUAUUUAUCAUUGGCUGGCUCACUGAUUUUCAUCCCCUUGAUCAUCGUACCAGCCAUGGGAGGAACAGAUAGGGACACUGCUACAGUGAUAUCUACAAUGUUGCUGGUAUCUGGCAUUACAACAAUAUUGCACUCCUACUUUGGUACCCGACUUCCAUUAGUUCAAGGGAGUUCAUUUGUGUAUUUGGCACCAGCAUUAGUUAUCAUGAAUGCGGAGGAGUAUCGGAAUCUCUCAGAACAUAAAUUCAGACACAUAAUGAGGGAGCUCCAGGGGGCUAUAAUCGUUGGUUCAAUAUUCCAAAGCAUCUUGGGAUUCACUGGUUUAAUGUCCCUUCUUCUAAGAUUGAUUAAUCCAGUCGUGGUUGCACCAACUGUCACUGCAGUAGGUUUAUCAUUUUUUAGCUAUGGUUUUCCACAAGCUGGUAGUUGUGUGGAAGUUAGCAUUCCUCUGAUACUAUUGGUUCUUGUAUUCGCCCUGUAUCUUCGCGGAUUAUCCAUCUUUGGUCAUCGCUUAUUCCGAAUUUAUGCGGUCCCCCUGAGUGUCAUGAUCAUAUGGACAUAUGCAUUCUUUCUGACGGCUGGUGGAGCAUAUGAUUACAAAGGAUGCAGCCCUGACAUACCAAGUUCAAAUAUUUUACUUGAUGCAUGUAGAAGGCAUGCAUAUACAAUGCAGCAUUGCAGGACCGAUGUUUCUAAUGCAUGGAGAACUUCUGCGUGGGUCAGAAUUCCCUACCCUUUGCAAUGGGGUGUCCCAAUCUUCCAUCUAAGGACUUCCUUGAUCAUGAUAAUUGUGUCACUGAUUGCAUCAGUGGAUUCGGUUGGAACGUAUCACUCUGCAUCCUUACAAGUUAACUCAAAGUCUCCAACUCCAGGAAUUGUCAGCAGAGGAAUUGGGUUGGAGGGCUUCUGCAGUAUAUUGGCUGGACUGUGGGGUUCUGGUACCGGUUCAACAACCUUAACAGAAAAUGUGCAUACCAUCAACAUAACAAAGGUGGCUAAUCAAAGGGCUGUAGUUCUUGGAGCAGUUUUCUUGAUCCUCUUCUCUUUUGUAGGAAAAGUGGGUGCUAUUCUUGCUUCUAUACCACUGGCAUUAGCUGCUUCCAUACUUUGCUUCAUGUGGGGCCUUAUCACGGCAUUGGGUCUCUCAACUUUGCAGUACAGUCAAACAUCAAGUUUUAGAAACAUCGCAAUAGUAGGUGUUUCAUUGUUCCUUGGUAUGUCAAUUCCUGCCUAUUUUCAGCAGUAUCAACCUGAAUCUAGCUUGAUAUUACCAAGUUAUUUUGUUCCUUAUGCGGCAGCAUCAAAUGGACCAGUCCACACUAACAGUAAACAAUUUGAUUUUGCGGUAAAUGCGCUUAUGUCCAUGAACAUGGUGGUGACUCUCUUGAUAGCACUGGUACUUGAUAACACAGUCCCUGGCACCCGACAAGAGAGAGGGGUGUGUAUAUGGUCACAUCCUGAAGACUUGGCUUCUGAUCCAUCUUUACAUGCAAAUUAUUCCCUUCCUAGAAAAGUUUCCUGGUUCUUCUGUUGCUCAAGAUGUUCGCGUACAUAACUUACAGUUUUUUCUGGCAUUUACUUUGUUGUUUGACUUUUAGCAGACCACACUCCAUUCUUAUCAGUAGUUGUGAAGUUCCUAGGCUGAGAAGCUGUUUGCUUAUACUGGGGCCACAGAGAUUGGAGGUAAUGCAGCUCAACGUAUAGUAUUAGUAAUAUUUCAUUCUACCGCAAGAAAUCAAGAAAUUUCAUUCAUCACUGAACUAAAUGACAUUGUAUUUUGUCAUAGAAAAUAGCAUAGUUGAAUUCAUAUUAUGUCAAUAGUCAAAACAAUUCAUAUUAUGUCAAUAGUCAAAAGAUUGUUUGAAAAGAAGGUAUUUCUGGCUUUGGGUAAAGCCUCUGUUGUAUUAUUGAACUUGUUUUUGUACCUUCUGCUAGAGAAGCACAAUUACACGUUCCGAGUA